AUGAUGAAGUUUGCCUGGGACAACUACAAGCGCUACGCCUGGGGGAAGAAUGAGCUGCGGCCUUUGACCAAAAACGGGCACAUUGGCAACAUGUUUGGCGGCCUCAGAGGAGCCUCCAUCAUCGACUCACUGGACACACUUUACAUUAUGGGACUGAUGGAAGAAUAUAACGAUGCCAAGGAGUGGGUGCAGACCAGCUUGGACCUAAACUCUAACGGCGAGGCAUCACUCUUUGAGGUGAACAUCCGUUACGUUGGCGGCUUGCUGUCGGCCUACUACCUGACAGGAGAGGAGUUUUACAAGAAAAAGGUGGUGGAGCUGGGAGAGAAACUGCUGCCGGCCUUCAACACGCCGACAGGAAUCCCCAGAGGAGUCAUCAACCUGGGGAGCAGUGGCACCAGUUGGAGCUGGGGCUGGGCCUCAGCCGGGAGCAGCAUCCUGGCUGAGUUUGGGACCCUCCACCUCGAGUUCGUCCAUCUGUCUGAGCUCUCCAGGAAUCCAAUCUACACGGAGAAGGUGAUGAACAUCAGAAAAGUACUGAACAAGAUUGAAAAGCCACACGGCCUGUACCCCAACUUCCUCAGUCCUGUCAGUGGCAACUGGGUCCAACAUCACGUCUCCAUCGGGGGCCUCGGGGACAGUUUCUACGAGUAUCUGAUCAAAUCAUAUCUGAUGUCAGACAAGUCGGACGACGACGCAAAGAAGAUGUACUACGGCGCGCUGGAGGCGAUUGAAGCUAACCUGGUGCAGAAGUCCCCCGGCGGUCUGACCUACAUGGCAGAGUGGAGGGGGGGGAUCCUGGACCACAAGAUGGGCCACCUGGCCUGCUUCUCCGGGGGCAUGAUCGGCAUCGGGGCGGACGAUGGAGAGCCGGAGAAGAGGCAGCACUACCUGGACCUGGCUGCUGAGAUCACACACACCUGCCACGAGAGCUACACCCGCUCAGCCACCAAACUGGGCCCGGAGGCGUUCCGAUUUGACAGCGGAGGAGAAGCCACGGCCACCAGACUGAACGACAGAUACUACAUCCUCCGCCCAGAGGUCAUCGAGAGCUACAUGUACAUGUGGAGGCUGACCCAUGACCCCAAGUACAGAGAGUGGGGGUGGGAGGCUGUUCAGGCGCUGGAGCAGCACUGCAGGGUGGAGUCCGGCUUCUCGGGGAUCCGUGACGUUUACACCCUGACAGCGAGCCACGACAACAUGCAGCAGAGCUUCUUCCUCUCAGAAACACUCAAGUAUCUGUACCUGCUGUUCUCUGAUGACGACCUCCUCUCUCUGGAGGACUGGGUCUUCAACACAGAAGCCCACCCGCUGCCCAUCAUCCGCAGGAGCUGCCUGGAGGACCCGGCCCCACAGGACAAGACGGUCUCCGAAUAGGACUGAACUCCAACCACCACAGAGACAUUUGCACAGUUCAUGUGCACACACACAGAUUUCAAUGCCGGUUCAGUCUUUUCAGGAGCGGGACUCUCAAUUCCUUUCCCGUGAAGGAUGUCGUCGUUUUACGCUGUGAUUGUAUAUCCUUUCGCCGGGGUUACUUCCUGCUGGCCCGUCUUUUUUGUGGACAAUCAAGACAAACAUGACUUUCAUGAAAAGAGCACCUUUUUCUUUCCUUCUUUCCUCUGUGAGGAAACCAGUAUAACUUGCAGACCCAAAUGUAAUGGGAGGAGGGUUGAACUACGGGCCAUAUUGUCAGAAAGAGAGAGAAACGUAUAGAAAACCACUUUAAGUUUGUUGUUUUCUUAAUUUUUAGUGAUGAAUAAUUUCCUGUUUUUUUCUCGUCAUAGCGUUUUUUCCUUUGUGAGUACACUCUUUGACCAAAGGUUUCUUUGCAUUUCUAUUUCCCUCUUUUUCCAGUAAUGUGUUUUUCGUGAGAGUCGACAGGAAGUUAAAUGAACGAGGAUUGAAUUGUAAUGAAUAUUGAUUAAUGUACAGACAAACAUGAAAUGUGAUUCUCAGAUCCACUUCCAAACUAAUGUUGAUGUCAUGGUUCUUACUGAAACAAGCUUGAAUGAAUUUCUUAACAGUUCGGGGGUGUCAGGAUAGGGGCCGUGUCUUAUGCAUCCAGUGACCAUUGUUUUUUAAAUGAUAUUGGGUUGAGUUUCCACUGUGUGCUUGGGUUAUUUUGUGCACAGGACAAUGCUUUCUCAGUCCUCUCAGCCUUUCAAAUCAAAGUAACAAAUGGAGUACUGUCAGUUCUGUAGCUGUAAUGCACAACAUCAUGGAAGAAAAACACUUCCCUGUCCGGAUCCAAAUGUGUUUUCCUGUUUCUGUUGUAGUUCUGCUUCACCCUGCCUUUACAUGUGAAUCCAUACAGCUGGUUUCCAUCACUGUUCUUUCAUCACUGCUGCCCCCCCACAGUGUGGAGCGAAUGUGCUGUACAUACAGAUGAAGUGAGUGACCCUAGUAUGAGCUUUUCUUGAUUUAAUGUGGUUUGUUUUUCUUAACUUCAGUGGUUAUUUGUCUGGGUUCUCUUUUGAUUUGCUUCCCUCAGGUGUUUCAGUAAAAAAAAAAAAAAAGGAAACUUACUUUAAGUCUAGUUAUUGCUGAUAUUAAUUAUUGUUAUUACUUAUUCUUACUGUUUGAUUUAACUUUCAUUGUUGAAUAUUUUCAAGUACUGAUAAAAAAGACCUGUGCAACUUUGUACAUUUAAAACAA